AUCCCGCGCAUCCGGUGACAGCGACCGCAGCGCUGCACGGUUAAAGUGUUUUGUGAUGUGAUUGUGUGUGCCCCCGUAAAAUGGUCGAGUUUGCGCUGGAAAAUAACCAAGCGGGAACCUCGGGCGACUUCAGACAGUACCACGAAAACUAUGCUUACAACAUGCACCAGAACCAAAGGAAUCCCACGUACGAUUCACCGAAACCUCCCAUUCCCGCCAAAACUUACGGAGCCAACCCUGACUCCAAACAGAUCACUGUGACUGUUGAAACUGGGAAAGAUAAUACGAGAGACGCACCUAAGAGUAAUAAGUCUGUCAGUAAAACGUACCACACACUCAAAGAUAUGAUAUCAAGUAGGUUUAAGAGUAAAGAGAAUAGCGAUGAGAAGAACGAAGAACCCAGUUUGAAUAACAGUGAGGAAAGGAAGAGGCCUGAACCGGAACAAGUGACCCCGAGGGAUACAGGGGCUCGGAAAAUGGAGCAGGGGAUAUAUGGCAGGCCGGUGUUGCAGAACAGGCCCGAGAUGCAGUAUGGACACGGGAUGGCGAAUAACUUGGCGUAUCCCAGCCCCUCACCUCACAGACAACUAAUGCAGCAACAGAUAGUCCAGCAGCAGUUGCUGUUAAACCAUCAAGCUCGGUCACAAGAGAUGUUGGCAUCGCCACCCCACCGGCCUCAACCACAAGCUCUUGGGGCCGACGCCCUGUACCAGCAGUACGGACCUCCUGGGAGGAGAAGCGCAGUGUACCAGCGGGAGGAUGUUAGAUCCAUGGGCAACUUCACUUCGCUGAAGACUGGGCCGCAGAGUCAG